UAGAACAAGAAAGCGCUCAAAUGACAUGAUUGUUAGAAAGCUUUCUUCCCAUUGGUCAAUUGAAGCAAGUCGCACAAUAUUCAAAACCUGAAGAAAUACGAACGAUGGCAUCUCAUUCACAAAACACAAACCCAAUCGUUGCCUCCCCUAGGAGUAAAGAUGUCAAGAAACACGGGUCAUCCUCAAAAGAUAACCAUUCAGUCAGCAAAAGGUUGCAGCAAGAAUUAAUGACUUUACUUACAUCUGGCGAUCCAGGUAUCUCAGCUUUCCCAGAUAAUGAUAAUUUGUUUAAAUGGAUAGCGACUGUGAAUGGUGCCAAAGGAACAGUAUAUGAAGGACUGCAAUACAAGUUGACCUUUGACUUCCCAAGUGGAUAUCCUUACCAGGCUCCUACGGUCAGAUUUGAAACACCAUGCUACCAUCCUAAUGUAGACAAACAUGGAAAUAUUUGCCUGGACAUUCUAAAGGAGAAAUGGUCAGCGCUGUAUGAUGUCAGGACAAUAUUGUUGUCAUUACAGAGUUUACUAGGAGAACCAAAUAUAGACAGUCCGUUGAAUGUGCAAGCAGCAGACCUAUGGAAAAAUCAGGAAGGAUACAAGAAAGUGUUACUGGAGAAAUACGAACAGGAAGUGACGAAAAAAGAGUCGUAGACAUAUAUGUCGAUAUAUUCUUAAAGUGCAAUAUGUUAGACAAUGUUUGUGAAUUACUAAUCAUAGAUAAUUUGUACACGUAUUCUAAGGUGAACUAAUGAUGUAAUGUAUUAGUAAAAUUUUUCUUGAGGAUAUUUUCAAAAGGUCAUUGAUACUACUGUGAAGAAGUUAAUUUUCACCAAGUUUUAAUUCACAAUUUCUUGUUUUCAUAUUUUUCUUUUUUCAUAUUCUGGUCUCUUUUUGAGAUUAAAUUUUUGCUAUCUUAUCUUUUUACUAGAACCACUUCUGUACUUUAAUGUAAAAUAUGCUUCUCAACUUGUUCUCUGAAAACUUUCAAUUAUGAUUUUGAUUGUUUAGACCGGUGAAAUGUAUUGUGUUACCAUUUAAUACUUGUAAUUGGCAUGGUCAGUCAGUAGGUUUUGGGGUUGUUUUUUUUUUAAAUAAACAAGCUUUUUAUGAAUAAAAAAAGGAAAAUAAUGCAAAUUUAAGAUGUUAUUUUGUAAUUUGUCUUUUCUAAUGUAUAUCUGUUGUGAAUUAUUUUGGUAACAUUAUUUAAUACUGUGAAUCAAAUGUAAUACACAUUUUUAGCCUGAAUUCCAAAGUCAGUCAUCAAAAUCUCAAAUUCAAUGAACAUUCCUUGUUAUGGUUGUGGUUUUAACAAACAAGAUUGUUUUUUUGAAAGUUUUGUGUAAAGUGUACUGAACCUAUUUUAUUUUCAGGAAAUUAGGAAUAAAGGAAAAUUUGACACAUUGAUCUCCUGGAUAAAAAGAAGCAUAAUAUUUAUGACUGCUUGGUUAAGAAGAUAUGACCACUUGAUGUUUUAAAAGAUUUCAAACUACAUUGUUUCACAAAAUAAUCUACAGGAGAAAUAUUGAUAAACUUAAUAAAAAAAAAUAAAAAAAUAGAGCAAUAAAAUUUUUGUUUCAUUUAUAUUUAAUGUUUUUACUUUAUUAAUGUUUUUAUUUCUAAUGCUAUCAACAGAAAUUGCAGUAUUUUUUAUGAGUUUUUUAAAUCCAAAAAAAUGUAUGUAUAUAUUGAAGGGACAUUCUUGUUUAUAGAAAGUAUAAAAGGAUAGCUAAGUCAGUUUAAUUGACUAAAAUCCUGCUCAAUUUCAAACAAAUCACAUUGCCUAAACUUUAUUUCAUUUCCUAGAUAUGUUUAAAGCUAUUAUCAAACACCUGCUUAAGAAACAAUUAGCUUGGAAACUUAAAAAAUCAACUUAUUAAUGGAGAAAAUUGUUUUCUUGGAAGUUUUAGAUAAAGUAGAGAAUAGUACAGGUGGAUAACAAGAAUGUCUCGACCCUACCCAAAAAAAAUCCUUAGCAAGUUUUAUUUUAUAACAUUUAAAUUUCCAAUUGAAUGGUAAUGUAAUUGUCAGAGUUGAUCAUUAUUCUUUAUGUGUGUGUGCCUGUUUGUACUGUAUAAUAUUUGUAUCUCUUUUGUAUAUAAAUAAAUUAUUUCUGUGUUUUUGAUAGAA